AUGAGCGUCUCGCAGUGCAACGAGUACUUCUUGAUUUUCGGAGUGGACACGAUCGCAACCUUGUUCUUCGCUGACGAGACGAAGGCGGCCCUUGCCGUAGAUUUCUUUAUUUCUCUGCUCAAGGAGGACAUGCGCGGGGUCUUCGAUGACGUUCUCGAUCUGGAGUCGCAGAGGCACCCGAGCGGACACCCCUCGUUCUUCUCGGCCACGGGUGCUGCAUUGGCCUCAUCUCUCCACUGGGGUUUCAAGUUUGAGAAUGGGGCGAAUGAUGCCAAGAAAAGGAAGCAACACGUGCCUGUUAUGAUCCAGCACAUCAGCGAGUUGAACGCCGUCUGCAAGGAGAUCUCUCCGGCCGAGAUUGCGAAGCUGCUGGAGCUUGUCGACAUGGCGCCGAAGAUCGAGACUGGCGCCGAGAAGCGAGAUCGGAUCACGGUUCGCUUCGCGGCGCUUACGGAGGUCAUCUCGCUGUGCCCCAGGGUUUGCGCGCAGUCGGAGUCGAUCAAGGUCGCCCUUAUGGCAUUCAAGGCUGCUCGGGGCAACUUCGCCGCUGACGUGGUUUUUUUUUUUUGUUUUUUUGGUUUCGCCGCUGACGUGAACUUCGCCGCUCUCCGUGACUCGAUGGGCAAGUUCUUGGCAGAUGCCUGCGAGGGGCUCGACGUGAACGUCUUCCACGCCCUGUCGGAGCUGCGCAGGCAGGAGUUGCCGAUUGAUAUUGGCGACAAGCUGUACAAGGAGUUCCUGUUGGGCUCGGGUCGGCUCUUCGACAAGGAGUGCACGUGCCCGCAGUGGCUGGGCAUCAUCGAGGGCGCGCGCUACGUCCAAUCCUCGGGUCCUUCGGAGAAGUGGAAGCCAGUGCUGACCGUUGUGACCGCUUGGAAGGCCACCUGCGAUUGCGCGAAAACGAUUCGCAAGUUGGGCGCGGAGCCCGAGAACGGCGGACACAAGUUCAGAGUCUCGUUCGAGAAGCCCGUUGUAAAGGAGUUGUUGCUUGAGGAUGCUGACCAGACCUUGCAGACCUACGGCUGUGACUUCACGACGUGCUUGACCGAGCGCGCGGAGGCCCGCGCCGCCUUCCCCGGCAAGGUCGCCAAGGCCUCCGCCGACGUUCUGACCGCGAUGGUGCGCGACGCGGGCGCGGGGGAGCUCGCGGGGGCGCUGGCCACGGACGCCGUGAACGGCGCCAUGUCCAAGAACAGCGACUACCUCGAUGAGUUUUUCAGUGCGGGCGAGUCC